GCUUUCAUGUUGUCUCAUCGCUGUCAUUUGUCUGCCGCAUGCGUCCUUGAGCGAGAACAAUUAAAGUAAACGAUUGCUCAGCUGUCACAUGCGGCAGCGGACCCGUCAGGAAGAUGCCGUCUAUAACCAUCAGUGUAAACGCUGCCUUAUUCGUGACAAACAUAUGUUAAGAGUUGAGACAAGUGAGCAGGCGCAAGAAUACCACGUUUCCACGGCAACGAGACGCCAAACGAUUCAACGAAUCAGUGGGAAGCCCUUUUCCUUUGCGUCCAAAAUGAAUUCUAAAAAUCUCAAAGGUCUUAAGAGUCCCGACGUUCAACCGGAGAAAUCUGGGCUUCUGUACUUUGAUGAAACACCUACAUCCAAGCCCAACUCGUUCGAGGCCGCAGAUUCCCUGUUGGACGGUCCAAUAGACGCUCUUGGUAACCAAAGUGUCAUUUGCACAAAAGAGAGGAAGAGCCCGAAAGCCUUCUCACAAAGGCCACUACCUCCUUUUUGGACAGACAAUAUGUCUGCAUGGGAGCGGGAUGAUGGCAGCCCUCGCAAGGAGAAGAAAACCGUUCCUGAGAAACAAUUGGUGCAAUGGCAGGCCUCUAGUCAAAACAAUGGAGGAAGCAAAUUCAGGAGGACUGUAUCUACCAAGAACACCUCUCCAGUCAACAUGUCGAAGCUAUUGAGUUUCGGUUACGUCGACGAGGACAAACCAACGACGAGUGAGACUGAGUCAAGUGCUACAUAAUUGUCCAGCUUACUUACAGUUUAAAGUCAUUUUAAUAAUAAUAAUUUAAAGGCAUUUAUUUUUUAAUCAUGUUCUUGCUUUUUCAUAUGCAUCUGACUCUCAGAGUUAUUAAAAAGACUUCAAACCAAA